AUGGACAUCGCCAUCCAGCAUCCCUGGUUCAAACGCACGCUGGGCCCCUUCUACCCCAGCCGGCUGUUUGACCAGUUUUUCGGCGAGGGCCUCCUGGAGUACGACCUGCUGCCCUUCCUCUCCUCCACCAUCAGCCCUUACUACCGUCAGUCCCUCUUCCGCACCGUGCUGGACUCCGGCAUCUCCGAGCUCAUGGCCCAUAUGUGGUUUGUUAUGCACCAGCCACAUGCUGGAAGCCCCAAGAACAACCCCACCAAGGCAAGUUGGAUGGCAGGCACAAGCUGUGUCCGGUCUGACCGGGACAAGUUCUCCAUCUUCCUGGACGUGAAGCACUUCGCUCCGGAGGACCUCACGGUGAAGGUGCAGGAGGACUUUGUGGAGAUCCACGGCAAGCACAGCGAGAGGCAGGACGACCGUGGCUACAUCUCCCGCGAGUUCCACCGCCGCUACCGCCUGCCUUCCAACGUGGACCAGUCUGCUCUGUCCUGCUCCCUGUCCGCCGACGGCAUGCUGACCUUCUCUGGCCCCAAGGUGCCGUCCGGCAUGGAUGCCGGGCACAGUGAGCGUGCCAUCCCCGUGUCCAGGGAGGAGAAGUCCGGCUCUGCGCCCUCCGCUUAA